CAUUCCUGUUAGAUGACUUUGUGACUCCUAAGGUUUGAUUUGGUUGAAAUUCAACAGACACUGGACUGGAAUGGCCACAAUACAUUUAGACUCUCUCAAUUUUCUGUGUAUUUUAUAUUCACUUUUUUACCUUCAAUAUUGGAUGUGAAAUAGUAAAUCUUGCCCCUUUUAUUCCCUUUGAUCCAUUUAAGCCUCCGAUUUAACUUGUUUUAAAAUCUUUUGUUGGAGGAUUAAAUUCAUAUUCUCUUUUUAAACCAUGUAAUGCAUUUUUAACAUGGCCCAGAGGCUGCUCUGGGAAUGCCAGGAGUGGGAUGGGAAUGCACAACUCACAGAUUCCACACAAAUGAUAUAAAAGGCCAGUUCAAGUCCGUUUAAGAAAAGAGAGAGAUAGUUGUGUGUCAGGCAUGUGGGGUUGCGGAGGGGAGGGGGCUCUUAUUGCUGUGACAAUCCUCGCUCUGAGGAGCAGAGAAUAGGCCUUGUGUCCGGGCUGGUACUGGGGUACCAGGCGCUGCUGCUCUGCGGACAAAAGCCACAAUUUAACUGUGGCAGGGAGCGUGAGGGGCUGGAAUGAGAGGCUUCUGGAACGCUGCAGAGGAGGAGAACAGUUAAGUGCAUUAAUACAGCCAUGUGUAUAUAUGAGAGCACGCACACACACUGUGAGACCUGGUGGUAGCGCAGGAGGAGGUGUGCGGGGGGCUCGUGUUAAUGACAGAGCUCUUUUUGCCUCUCACAGUACUUUAUUUGUUUACAAUUGCCCCCGUACUCUUGCUGAGACACAGAAACGGAGGAGAGAGGGUUAUUAUGUGCUUAUGGCAUCGCCGGCGUGCGCAGAAGCAUUCGGCAUCUGCGGAGCUACACAGUGGACGUGCGUCCGGAUCUUAGUAGGGCUUAGAGACACUUAGCGCUUUACACGUUGACCUCACGGCGGGAGCUGCUGGUUUCACCGCAGCUUCAAAUCGAGCUUCUCACUGUCUCCCAGAGAGGUCCAGCUGAGAUUUUCAGCUGGGUGCAUUAUGGGAAUGUUGUGGAACGGCGUAUCUCAGAGCGAGGAGAUGCGCAGCGGUGCCGGGAAGCAAGAAAGCGAGCGUUGCUUUCUCAGCUGUCUGAGGGCUUGGAAGGUUAUAUUCCUACAGCGUGGAUGGAGACACGGAGAGUCAGAGAAGAGGUGCACCUCCACUCCUCGCUUUAUCGGUUUCCAACAGGACAAGGACAGCUGCUCUUGGUCUCCAUCAAUACCAUAAAGGACAUUUCUCGUCUGUUGAAUAAUAUUGAGGAUGUGUGGAGUUCAGCUGCUGAAGUCUGUAGAUCUCGGACGGCACAGCCUCCUCUACAUUAAAGAAAUUGGGCAUGGCUGGUUUGGGAAGGUUUUAUUGGGAGAGGUGAAUGCUGGACUCAGCACCACACAGGUGGUGGUUAAGGAGCUGAAGGCCAGUGCCAGUGUAAACGAGCAGAUGCAGUUCUUGGAAGAGGUCCAACCUUAUCGGAUGCUCCAGCAUCCAGCUCUCUUGCAGUGUAUGGCCCAGUGUUCAGAAGUCACGCCCUAUCUGCUGGUUAUGGAGCACUGCUCUAUGGGAGAUGUUAAAGGAUACCUCCGUAGCUGUCGGGCAGCAGACUCUGUGACCCCUGACCCUUUGAUCCUCCAGCGGAUGGGAUGCGAGAUUGCUUCUGGCCUUAUGUACCUCCACAAACAUAAUUAUAUUCACAGUGAUCUGGCCCUCAGGAACUGUCUGUUGACCUCAGAUCUGGCAGUGAAGAUUGGAGACUAUGGCCUGAGCCAUAACAAGUACAAGGACGACUAUUACGUGACAUCAGAUCAAAUAUGGGUUCCUCUACGCUGGAUUGCACCAGAGCUUAUUGACGAAGUCCAUGGCAAUCUCUUAGUAGUGGACCAAACCAAGGCCAGCAAUGUCUGGUCCCUGGGUGUGACCAUAUGGGAGUUGUUUGAACUGGGUAACCAGCCUUACAGGCACUAUUCUGACAGGCAGGUUUUAACAUACGCUAUAAAGGAACAGCAGCUCAAACUGCCAAAGCCCCUGCUGAAAGUGCCUCUGUCUGAACGCUGGUUUGAGGUAAUGCAGUUCUGUUGGCUACAGCCUGAGCAGAGGCCUGUUGUUGAAGAGGUUCACCUACUGCUAAGCUACUUGUGCGCUAAGGGUACCACUGAGACCGAGGAGGACUUUGAGAAGCGCUGGAACUCUCUAAGGCCGAGUCUGGGCUCCGGCAGCUCUCACAGAACCCCUGCACUGUCCUCUGCAUCCUCUUCAUUUCCUCUACUUGAACACUUCUCUAUUGCAGACAGCUUCCAAUCUGAGAACGGAGAUGACAUUUUGACUGUAACUGAGACCAGCCAAGGCCUCAACUUUGAAUAUAAAUGGGAGCAGGCCCGAGCCGAGCAGCCCUACUGCUCCUCUUCAGCAAGUGGACCACUGGGAAAAAAUAACCCGCAUUACCAAGAUGUGUAUUACCCACUUAGCAAUUCAGCAGGUAGCUGCAAGGGCGAGAGUCUUCCUAUUGGGGUCUCUCCAUCUUACUAUGAGUCAGACCAUCCAGGAGUUGUUCCAGUGUUGAGUGCCCACAGCCCUUCAGUAAGUAGCGAAUAUUACAUCCGCAUCGAGGAGCCAGUUGAGUGUAACAUAAAUUUAGAAGACAGCGUUCAUGAUUACAGCCCAACAGUUGAGGCCAGCAACAACAGCUUGUCCAGUAUGAACAGAAGGAGCCCUAUUGGGGCUCAGCCAAACAUCUACUGGUCAGCAGCUAAAGAACCCAUCAAUAAAGAUUACGAUUCAGAUAGUAGCCCAACAAUGGAGCCUCUCCAAAGAGCAGUUCUAAGCUCUGCAGAGACAGACCAUCAUGAAGAAUAUUUUUCUUCCAAUGACAGGCACAAUUUCUUGCAUGAAGAGUCACCUCAAGCAAGGUCAGAUCUUCAUUUGAUAAGAAGUCAAGAUUCAAGUUCUCAUCACCAGAGAAGAGGCUCAGAAAGUCUCUGCCACAGAUUGGAGGUGGUAAAGGAAAGUCCACCUGGUGUUUCAGUUUCUCUCAGCAGCCCAAGCUUGGCACAUUGUGACCCGUACCUUGAAUCUAACCAGAGAGCUGCAGAAAGGAGUACGGCCAGUGAGGCCUAUUAUGACAUGAUGGGACCUUUACAAAAAAAUGUUCCCAGACCCCAUUACAUAAGUGUUGAUAUUGACGCUGGUGAUGGCCUUCUUUUGUCUAGGGGGAGUGCUGAAUCAGAAGAUGAUGAUUUGUUUUCUCAGAAUUCAUUAACUAACUGGACCUCCAACCACUCCGCAAACAACAACAGUUUAAGCGAUCGCACACAAGCCGUUGGUUUUCAAGAUGCGUACCUUGAUUUGCGUCACCCGACACCCUCAUCUCAUGUUGGAAAUUUGCAGUCAAGCGUAUCAGAAACAAGCAACACUUCCACAGAUUCUUUCACAGUGCACUCAUACAUGGAAGCUACAGACAGCACGGCCACCCUAAACACUCACACAGACUCAGAGGGUGGUGAAUACUUACAUCUAUGCCCUGAAGGUAGUCAAGAUGUUGAAACAUCUUCUAAAUGUCAUUUUGUCCCUGAAAGUCAGCACAUUCACCCUCAGCAGAACAUUUCACACAAACAUAUCAAAGACAAUACAUCAGACCUUCUUGUAGGGGGCUACGACCGAACGACGCCAUCAGCUCCAACAGAGAUUUUAGUAAGCAAAAAAAAUAUGUUAAUUGAUACAAGGUUAUCACCUCCACAAAAUGAAGUCAAAAGUGUAAAGAACCUGUCAUGUCCUAAAGACUCAUCCGAGACUAUCUCAGAGUGCAGCCAUGCGGCAAACAGUGGGGUGGUUCCCAAGUCCAGUAUCAGCUUGGUUGAAAUGAAUGACUGCAGUGAUGAUGAUGUCACUGACAUCACCUCUGGAGAUUAUCGUUUGGAAUAUGCAGAGGUGGGACAUUUUGACCUGCAGAGAGAGACAGAGUCCACACACCACAAGGGCACUAUUAACCUUGCCUCUUGCGGCAGUCCGUGUGAAGCCUUUAGCCCUGAUAGUUACCACACAUCCAUUCAGCCAAAAUCCCUCGACAGUGGCUAUGACACAGAGAACAAUGAGUCCCCAGAGUUCAUCAUGAAGGACCUUGAAGGGAAUCCGGCACUUAGCACAAGUGUGGAAUCAGACGAGUGUGACAUGGUCCUCCAGAUGGACUUAGAUGACGACGUCAAUGUAACGCUACUGCAUCCAUCCGGAAGCAGUCAACAUCAAUACAGAGACUCUGCUUAUUUUUCUGACUAUGACACAGAGAACGAUAAGAGCCCUAAUGGAAAGGUCUGCAACUUCUUUGUCCGCCAAGAAGAGGACAAUGUUUUUGAUGUCAAAGCUGAUAGAAAGGGCUCUGUACAAACAGAUGGGCUCCAGAUGGGCUCCACUUCUACAUCAGCUCCAGUGAUUUCCAUGCUUUCCCCCUUUCCCCCAGAGAUGGGGGGAUGCUUGACCAAGGAGUCCACUCCAGAUGAUGGUAUUGGACUGGAGUCUGAUCACUCUGGAGAUGAACCGAACUCUGACUGCUACUCUUCCACAGGAUCUGAAGGGUCCACCUCAACACAGGAAGCUUCAGGCAUUGAGGGCCAAGCUAACGGAGAUGCCAGAUGUUAUUCAUCAGCGGAAUCACUGGGCUCUGACUCUACCAUAGUUGAGUUCGGUAGGGAGAUAUUUGAAGCACAGGAGCAGGACGACUGUAGCAAUCCAGAGCUUCUUAAAAAAGGAAACAAUGAGAAAAGAGAAGGUACAGAAGAUGCAAUGGAAGACAACAUAGGUCUGGUACUUUCAAGACAAAAUCAUGCCAACUCCUUGGAAAGCAUUCUUCCUGCCUUACCGGAUGACCUUGAUAUUCCAGCUCCACUUGGGAACGGAGAGGAGGCUGAUGAGGAUACGGACAGCGACGAGUCUGAUGAAGAACUUCGUAGCUACAACAUACAGGAGCAAAGUGAUGAGAGUGAUGAAGAGCUCCCAAUGGUGCCUGUCAUCGUGAGUGACCGCAGCAGUGCACGGCAUCUGCGCAGCCUUCUCAAAAUGCCUUCCAUACUGACGCAGUCCUUCUGUGAUGAGCUGGAUGGCAAGAAGAAAGCGGUGUCAUUUUUUGAUGACGUCACCGUUUUUCUGUUUGACCAGGAGAGUCCUACAGGUGAGCUUGGAGACUACAGUUUCCCUGUGGAGACAGAACCCAAUGGCCAGGCUUCAGAGAUUGACACAUCACAACCCCAGGAUAGGGUCACAACCUCAGAUGAUUCGUUACAAAUUACUUUGUCAGAAGAAAGUGGAGAAUUGUGGCAGGGGGGUUUUCCAUCAAUGCCAAGCCCUUCAAUGUCAGAAGCAAGUUCUGAAGAAAUUACCACCCCGCCCAACUCUCCCAUCAGCUCUCCAGAUGAGAAACCAGCACCAACGCUCUCCAGAUUCAGCGUCUCUCGUUUCUCCAUCACUCAUGUGUCAGACUCUGACGUGAACUCUAAAGGAGGGAACAGUGAGAAUGGAGCCCAGGAAUGAAGGAGUCACAUUUGAACCCUUUGAAACUGUUCAGAAGAUGUGAUUUGGUCUGAUCCGACUAUGGAUUCUCCUGUGUUGUUUUGUUUUUCUUUCUCAACGUGCUGGACGAAAAAGGUCCCGUGAACCUGAUAUGCUGUUCGGACAGAGUGCCUGAUACUGUAGUGAUGAAUUCUGCCCUACAAAGACAAAGUAACUACACAUUUACUCAAAAUUGAGUUAAGGCUUGAAAUGGGCUUUGUGACACCUGCUUUGAUCUGGUGACAAAGUCUCCUGGUUCAAUCUUGUACCAUUUCAGAGAAACAAGUGCGUCAGAAUUGCAGUAACUACUAAAUUAAUUACUCGAGUAAAACUGUAACGAGAUUUUUUUUCAGUUCCAGUGUUUGCAUAGUUACUGCACUUUGUCUUUGGAGGGCAGAAUUGAUAUUAGCCAGAACCUUUGAGUGACACGGUCUUUUGAGGACAACAGGUAGAAGAACAGAAGAUAAAAUCUGUGUAUCUGAAUAUAUAUUUAUUAUCUAUGUACUACAAACAUGACGUAUGAAGAUUAUAACUUAUUUGCACAAUUCAGUAUCAGUACCAUGCUGAAAUCAUCCUUUUACACUCAAGCCGUAGGAAACAAAAUAGAGACGAGGCUGCUCUUCUCAUUUGCUUGUCAUGUCCCGUGUUGUCAAUCUGUGGUUUAGAUCCCCAAAGACAAAGUUUCAGGUCAGGACCGAAUAAGCUGCGUAAACGUCUUAUUGUCAAUGUCCAACAGAAAUUAAAGACCCCUAGCUACAGUAUGUAAAAACCAUUGAGGGUUAAGGGUUAGGUUAGGAAUGUUUUAUAUUUUUGAACACUUUAAGCUAAAAUGUUUUAGCUCAGGGGUUGACUAGCAUACAGUACAAAAGUAGGUCAUAUUAAUGAUAUAAACACCUUUAAAGUUUUGCUUUUAUCCAUCAACUUUAUCACCAUAAGCAAUUUAAUGCAUUUGUAUUGUUUGAACCGAGAAAUAUUUUGUACAUCUCUUGUUAAAUUUUUUUAUUUUGAUAGAGUUGUUCAUAAUAUUACGUAAGGUGCAGUUAACAUGCUAGUUCUUCUCUAGCUAGAGCUUUGUUUAUAUUUUUAAAAUAGAACCCCUCUUUCCCACAAAACAUUACAGACUGCAGUUAUACAUCACAGUACUUGUUUGCUCCAAAGAGUAAUGACAGUAUUAAAGUAGACUAGACACUGACAACCCGCCACAGUCCUUUACUAGUGAAUAGCCAGACAAAACUUAAUGGUGCUUGUGGAGAUCUGAGAGCCGGAGACUACAGAAAACAAUUCUGCUCUUUAACUGUUGUACUUCAGAGCAUGAAGCAAAACCUGAAGUUAAAACAAGGUUAAGAUAUCUGUGACCAAAAUCUCUUACAGACGGCAGCUCCUGCAGAUCUGAUCCUUACAGACUAGAAAAACUCGAUCCGGAUAGAUGUUUCAAAUGACUAGAGUAACUUUGUUUUCCCCGCAUACGAUCUGAUGUGUCCCACAAGAGUUAUGACCCGUUUUACACGGUAAACUGUUUAAGUGUAACGUACAGCUGUCCUCCUCUGCCUUGAGUCACUUCAUACACAUUUGUGCCAAUGCUGUAAGCGUCACAAUCACUGCACCGUACACUCGCUUUCUCGCUGUAAUGCCUUUCAAGAAUUUUAUACUGUGCUAACUUUUGCGCCAGUAGAUUCUUUUCACAUUCAGAAUAUCUGUGUUUCAUUGAAGGGUUAUAAGGUUGCCAAAGUAAGGUGAAAAAUAAAUGUGAAUGAUACUUGAAUGUAAAGUUUAGGGAGAGGACUGUUGUUACUGCCUCAUAGCUGUCGAACCGUACUUCCUUGCAAUUCAUGUCUACUGUAUUCUAAAAAAUAAACCAAACUAUAGUUCGUCUUUGUGCUUGUGACUGUUAUUCAAGAUUCAUUAUGUAUGCUGAGAACUGCAUUCAUAUGAUGUUAUUUCAAUGUGAUAUAUAUAUAUACACUGUAUAUAUGAUGAAGAGUUUGGUUCCUAAAUGAGAAAACUCAAAAAUUGUUCAAAAAUCAUUUUUUUAUUGUGCAUUAAAAUUAAUAUCAAUCAAACUGCAGUUUUUUUUAAUCUAAGCCAUAACU